AUGUACAUUCUUUUAGCCCGCCCUUGUGAUGAUAAUGGCAUGUUUCUCCCCCCUGGAAGCCUACCUAAACCACUCUCUGAUAAAUCCUCCUCUGACUGGACUCCUUACCGAAAUCGUGUCGAAUUUGAAACAGCAGAGUAUUUAUUUACCGAGAAUCAGACGCCUGCAGGUCAGAUCAAUAAACUCCUUGAUCUCUGGGCCUCAACCCUCAAGAAACAUGACGACAAGCCUCCAUUUGCCGACUUUCAUGACCUUUACAAAACCAUCGACAGAACACCGCUUGGGGAUGUGAAGUGGCAGUCAUUUUCAGUUCGCUACAAUGGUGAAAAACCAGACACUGAUGCACCGCCAUGGAUGGAUCAAGUCUUUGACGUCUGGUACCGUGAUCCACAAGAGGCCAUUUGCAACAUGCUUGCAAAUCCCGACUAUGCCAAAGAGUUUGAUUACAGACCCUACUGCGAGUUCUCAACUGAUGACAACGAGCGUCAGUGGAAAGACUUUAUGUCUGGUGAUUGGGCAUGGGAUCAGGCCGACAUAAUCUCCGAAGAUCCAGAAUCACAUGGAUCCACAUUUGUACCUGUUGUUUUAGGCAGUGACAAGACUACAGUUUCCGUUGCAACGGGAAACAACGAAUAUUACCCGCUCUAUGCAUCUAUUGGCAAUGUUUGCAAUAACGAACAUGCGACUAGUGAUGUGAAGUUCCAAAAGUUUCGCCGGCAAUUGUUUCACUGUUCACUCUCCAAGAUUCUCGAAACACUUCGUCCUGGUAUCACCAAGUAUGAAGUUGCACGUUUUGGUGACGGACAUUUCCGCCGUGUGAUAUAUGGUCUGGGACCAUAUAUUGCUGACUACGAGGAGCAAGUCUUAUUGACGUGCAUCGUGCGUGGUUGGUGCCCAAGAUGUUUGUCUUCACGUAUCAAUCUAGACGAGCCAGCCGGUUGGCGCUGUCGUCAUCAUACAGAUGUGCUUGUCGAGGAGGGUACUCUCGAUGCCUUAUGGGAUGAAUAUGGCAUUGUUGCCAACAUCCAUGAACUCAUUGCCCCCGAUAUCCUUCACCAGCUUAUCAAAGGGACGUUCAAAGACCACCUGGUUGAUUGGAUCGAGAAGUACCUAUACCAGACGCACUCGAAGAAAGAUGCUGAGCGCAUCAUAGAUGAUAUUGAUCGAAGAAUCGCUGCUGUUCCGGCCUUUGCUGGUCUUCGGCGCUUCCCACAAGGACGAGGCUUCAAGCAGUGGACGGGUGAUGACUCGAAAGCACUUAUGAAGGUAUACUUAUCUGCUAUUGAGGGAUAUGUCCCUGUGGAUAUGGUCCGGACAUUUCGAGCCUUUCUCGAAUUUUGUUAUCUUGUCCGACGCAGCAUAAUCACGGAGAAGAUGCUCGAGCAAAUCCAGGAGGCACUUGACUGGUUUCAUCGGCACCGGCAAAUUUUUGAAACACUCGACGUUAUUUCAACAUUCUCACUCCCUCGCCAGCAUUCCCUUCAACACUACAUACACCUCAUUCGACUUUUUGGGGCCCUGAAUGGUUUACGCUCUUCGAUCACUGAAGCUAAGCAUAUCAAAGCAGUGAAGGAGCCGUGGAGGCGCUCCAGUCGGUACGAGGCACUGGGCCAAAUGUUGGUCACAAAUCAACGCCUCGACAAGCUCGCAGCAUCGCGCGCUGAUUUUACUCAACACAAGAUGCUUAAUGAAUAUAAACGUGCUCGCACCAUUGCUGCAUUAGCAAUUGAAUUAUCAAUCCCACAUCUCUCGAAUCUUCUGCGACACUUUCUCUUCGGUCAACUCAACCGCAACGAUCCCCGUGAUCCAUCAGAGGUUCCCCUAGCUUACUGUCCCCAAUUCGACGACAAAAUCAGUGUUUUCAACUCUGCUUGUUCGAGAUUUUUUGCGCCAAGUGAUCUCAGUGGUAUUGGGGGCAUGCGCCGUGAGUAUAUUCGUGCAUGUCCGAUAUGGAGAAAUGAGCAUCCUUGGUUUGAUUGUGUCUUCGUCAACAUGAAUCCAGGUCUCGAUGGUAUGAGGGGCUUGGAUGUCGCACGAGUACUGACAUUUUUUUCUUUUACUUACAAGCGAAAAUUAUACUCAUGUGCAGUUGUGCGGUGGUUUGAUACCAUUGGAGACUCGCUGAACGAAGACACUGGAAUGUGGGUUGUACAGCCUGCUCAUAAUAACAACAACACGCCCCAUAUUUCCGUCAUACAUAUUGAUUCAAUCUACCGCGCUGCACACCUUAUUCCUGUAUAUGGUACUCAAGUUAUUCCUGCGCAACAUCACCACCAUCAGACCUAUGAUAUUUUCCACCGUUUUUAUGUUAACAAAUAUGCAGAUCAUCACUCCUUUGAAAUUGCAUUUUAG